CUAACAUGGACUAAUCUGUGGAAGGAGUUUAUUCCAGUAUCAGCCAGGGUGCAGCCACACCAGGGGCUGUAACUGGAGGGUGUUUUCUCUUUUAAAUGUAGCACCUCCUCAUCUUUUUUCUUAAACAGUGCCUGAGAACAUUUACAUUGUAGCUAUCUGCCCUGUACUACUUUUCAAGAAAACUACUCUUCUGACAAGUCCUAGAUCAGACUUCUAUAAAAGACAGCAUGAAGGAAUAUGUGCUCCUACUGCUCUUGGCUGUAUGCUCUGCCAAACCUUUCUUCAGCCCUUCGCAUAUGUCAUUGAAGAAUAUGAUGCUGAAGGACAUGGAAGAUGCAGAUGAUGAUGAUGAUGAUGACGACAGUGAUGAUAACUCUCUUUUUCCAACGAAAGAGCCAGUAAACCCCUUUUUCCCAUUUGAUCUGUUUCCAACAUGUCCGUUUGGAUGCCAAUGUUACUCACGAGUUGUGCACUGUUCUGAUCUAGGUUUAACCUCAGUCCCUGGCAACAUUCCAUUUGAUACUCGAAUGAUCGACCUUCAAAACAAUAAAAUUAAGGAAAUCAAAGAAAAUGAUUUUAAAGGACUCACUUCACUUUAUGCUCUGAUUCUCAACAACAACAAGCUAACAAAGAUUCACCCCAAAACUUUUCUAACCACAAAGAAGUUGCGAAGGCUGUAUUUAUCCCACAAUCAAUUAAGUGAAAUACCACUUAAUCUUCCCAAAUCAUUAGCAGAACUCAGAAUUCAUGAUAAUAAAGUAAAGAAAAUACAAAAGGACACAUUCAAAGGAAUGAAUGCCUUACAUGUUUUGGAAAUGAGUGCAAACCCUCUUGAUAACAAUGGGAUAGAGCCAGGAGCAUUUGAAGGGGUGACAGUAUUCCAUAUGAGAAUUGCUGAAGCAAAACUAACCUCAAUUCCUAAAGACCUACCAUCAACUUUACUGGAGCUCCAUCUAGAUUAUAAUAAAAUUUCAACUGUGGAACUGGAGGACUUUAAACGAUACAAAGAACUACAAAGGCUGGGCCUCGGAAAUAACAGAAUCACUGAUAUUGAAAAUGGAAGUUUUGCUAACAUACAACGUGUAAGAGAAAUACACUUGGAAAACAACAAACUUAAAAAAAUCCCUUCAGGGUUACAAGAGUUGAAAUAUCUCCAGAUAAUCUUCCUUCAUUCUAAUUCAAUUACAAAAGUGGGAGUGAAUGACUUUUGUCCAACAAUACCAAAGAUGAAGAAAUCUUUGUAUAGUGCAAUAAGUUUAUUCAACAACCCAAUGAAGUACUGGGAAAUACAACCUGCAACAUUCCGUUGUGUUCUAAGCAGAAUGAGUGUUCAGCUUGGGAACUUCAGAAAGUAAUAAUUAGUAAUGUCCAUUGAGUGUGUGUAAUUCAACAUUUUUUUACAUUUGGAAAACUUGAACUUGACUGAUAAUGGUGGUAUAAUAUAAGCAAAAAUUUAUCCCAAGUGGUAAAUGACAAAAAAUUUCAACAGAAUUUUGCCAAACUAUUGAUAUACAAUGAUUAACAGAAAUAAGCAUCUAUUGCAGUUUCCUUUUGCAUACAAAUGAUUUUAUAUAAGUAUCUUGCUUGAAUAUUCCUCUUUCAAUAAAAAAAGACAUUCAUUAUUUAACCAUUUGUUACCAAGUGCAUUAACAGAAUUGUACUGUAAAUGAAAUGCUUGACUUAGUAACAUUUGUGCUCUCUCAUUUGCUGUUAGAAAACCAAGACUGAAAAGGACAGCUAUAUGAAGAGUAGUCUAUUCUCUUUAAUAACUUGGAUAGUACUGUAAUAUUUCUAACCAUAUUGAAGUAUGGUUCAAUAUAAUCAUAUUAAAAUUCUCAUGUGUAAGAGCCCAUCUUUUAUGAUUAAAAUCUUAAGCAGGCACCAGAGGCUCACACAUGUAAUGUUAGUUACUCAGGAGGCUGAGAUCUGGAGGAUCAUGGUUCAA